AUGGGCAGUGCGCAUGGCUUCUCCAUCGACCAGCUCAUGGAGCUGGCGGGGCUGAGCCGCGUGCUAGUGGUGGCUGGACCGGGUAACAACGGAGGCGACGCGUUGGUGGCAGCUCGCCAUUUGGUGCACUUCGGCUACUCGCCGAGUAUUUUGUAUCCAAAGCGCAGUGCCAAGCCUCUUUUCCAGGGGCUGGUGACGCAGUGCGAGCAGCUGAAGAUCCCGUUCAUCGACCAAAUCCAGGACGCGUCAGCGGUGGACGCUGCGUACGACCUGAUCCUCGACGGCAUCUUCGGAUUCAGCUUCUCGGGGUCAAUCCGUCCGCCGUUCGACCAGGUCGUUGGGACGCUCCAGAAAUGCCAAACGCCGAUUGUUUCGAUCGACAUUCCGUCCGGGUGGCACGUUGAGAAUGGAAAUGAAGCCGGCGUCGGCUUGGAGCCGCUAAUGCUGAUCUCCCUGACAGCACCGAAGCUCUGCGCGAAGCACUUUACCGGACCGGGCAAGGUGCACUACGUCGGCGGGCGCUUCGUGCCAAAGUAA